GGCUGGCUGCGGUUUGGACUCUGAGACCCGGCCACUCCCCCCCGCCCGGGUCCUGCCAGCCGCCGGCCCUUGGACCCGGCGAAAGUCCCUCUGGCCGCAGACGGGCGCAGCGGCUGCAGCCCAGAAGCAGCACAAAGAGGCCGAGGCGCCGACUGCCGCUCGCCCCCGGCCUCCCCGCCGCGCACCCCGCGGCGGCCUGUGCACCUGCGCGCGAGCAGCGGCAGUUGCUGAGGAGGAAGCGCCGCGAGCGGCCCCGCCCCGCGUGGCUGAGGGAGGAUGGCGGAACAACGCGCCGAGAACCUGUCGGUGGUGGUGCAUCGCGCCGGGGACCUGCGCCUGAGGUGCUGCUGAGGAUGCAUUCAGUCGGGAUCUGUGGGUCUGAUGUCCACUACUGGCAGAAUGGUAGAAUUGGGGACUUUAUCGUAAAGAAACCCAUGGUGCUCGGGCAUGAGGCAUCCGGAAUCGUCAUCAAAGUGGGGUCAUCAGUAACCCAUCUGAAGCCAGGCGAUCGAGUGGCCAUUGAGCCUGGUGCUCCGCGAGACUUCGAUGAAUUCUGCAAAAUCGGACGCUACAACCUAUCUCCGACUAUCUUCUUCUGUGCGACACCUCCCGAUGAUGGAAACCUGUGCCGAUAUUAUGCACACAAUGCCAACUUUUGCUACAAGCUUCCAGAUAACAUCACCUUUGAAGAAGGGGCCCUCAUUGAACCACUCUCUGUGGGAAUCCAUGCCUGCCGAAGAGGCGGAGUCACUCUGGGAUCCAAAGUCUUAAUCUGUGGGGCUGGACCCAUUGGGCUAGUCUGCUUGCUCGUCGCCAAGACGAUGGGUGCUGCCCAGGUAGUAAUCACUGAUUUAUCCACCUCCCGCCUGGAAAAAGCCAAAGAGAUUGGGGCAGAUUUCACCAUUCAGAUAAAGAAAGAGACCCCAAAGGACAUGGCCUGCAUGGUGCAAGGUUUGCUUAACUCCAUGCCUGACAUAACCAUGGAGUGCUCCGGGGCAGAGGCCAGCAUUCAAACUGGCAUUUACGCCACUCGCUCGGGCGGGACCCUGGUUCUGGUGGGGCUGGGACCGGAGAUGGUCCAUGUCCCCAUCGUGAAUGCUGCUGUGCGGGAGGUGGAUAUCAAGGGGAUAUUUCGCUACUGCAAUACGUGGCCCAUGGCGAUUGCUAUGCUUGCAUCCAAGAAAGUGGACAUCAAGCCUUUGGUUACACACCGCUUCCCUUUGGAAAAAGCGCUGGAGGCCUUUGAGACAACCAAGAAGGGCUUGGGGGUGAAAGUUAUGCUGAAGUGUGACCCCAGUGACCAGAAUCCCUGAAGCAUGGCACUGCACUCCUCCCCUAUUAUACUGCCUGGCUUAAAGAUGAAGAAUGAGCUCUCUAGAGAGAUGGGAACUGUAACGAUAAGUUUAUAAGUAGUAUAUAGUGUUUGGGGAAUAAAGUUACAGUCACCUGUUGUGCAGACAGUGCAUUGAAGGAAAAGGGAUUAUUGGUUAAGGAUAUUUACAGCCUUAUAGCUGCUUAAACGGGGAACCACUAUUUGGGAACCAAAUUUGGACCAGAAUCCUCCCUUCAGAUCCGUACAGGAGAUCUUGGCUCAGUCUUCUUCCCCUACGAAUGCAGCUCACUGAGGAUCCUGAGAGGAGAACUUUUCUCCUGGAGAGGACCUGUUGGUAUUCACCUCUUCUCUAAUAGACUAGACAUUCUGAAAACCGGGGAUCUCUCUAGUUGUGUGUCAGACAAAGGGCUUCACCCUGCCCACUUGCAUUGAAGAACCACCUAUGUCACAGCCGGGAUUUGUACAUGCUGAAGCACUGAAUAAGAGUUUCACACACUUGACUCCUGUUAAUGGCAAUGAAAAUUGUGCGGAAUAGUUUGUCUGGGCCUCUAUUCAAGGCUGAGACAAUACUAUCCUGGGCCAAGAUUUGUUCUAAGCGGGUGUUGGGCCUGUUCGGUGUGGUCAGACCUGUGUACAAUCCCCGGCAUAGCAGAGUUAUGGAAUACUAAUACUUGAAUACUCUGUCAGGACUUUACAAAUGUGGAAUGAAGUCUGGGCAGUUCAUC